GAGGAGGAGGAGGAGGAAGAAGAGGACCUGAGCGAGCUGCCACCGCUGGAGGAUGUGGGCAGGCCGCCGGCCCCGCCGCGGGAGGACACCCAGGCUCCGGAGCAGGGCGGGGGGGAAGCGGCUGAGGACCCCCAGGAGUGGCUUGAUGUUUUGGGGAGUGGCUUGCUCAAGAAGAAGACGCUGGUGCCGGGCCAGGGGGUGGACACGCGUCCCCACAAGGGUCAGGACGUGACCAUCCGCCUGAAGGCCACGCUGGAGGAUGGCAGUGUGGUGGAGGAGAACCCUGCCCUCACCUUCACGCUGGGGGACUGCGAUGUCUUGCAGGCUCUGGACUUGUGUGUGCAGCUCCUGGAAAUGGGGGAGACAGCUUUGAUCAUGUCAGAUGCAAAGUACUGCUAUGGUGCUCAGGGCAGGAGCCCCGAUGUCCCACCCAACGCAGCCCUCACGCUGGAGGUGGAGCUGCUGGCGGCUCGGGACGCGCCGGACUUGGAGCUGCUCAGCGGGAAGGAGAAGAUAGAGCUGGCCAACCGCAAGCGGGAGCGUGGCAACUUCUUCUACCAGCAGGCAGAUUACGUGCUGGCCAUCAAUUCCUAUGACAUUGCCCUCAAGAUCAUCGGCUCCAGCUCAAAAGUUGACUUCAGUCCGGAUGAGGAGACUGAACUGCUGGAUGUGAAGGUGAAAUGUCUCAACAACCUGGCAGCCUCUCAGCUUAAAUUGGACCAUUACGAGGCAGCCCUGAAGUCCUGUAACCUCGUCCUGGAGCACCAGCCAGGGAACAUCAAGGCUCUCUUCCGAAAGGGCAAGGUCCUGGCUCAGCAGGGCGAAUACAGAGAGGCCAUCCCCAUCUUAAAGGCAGCGUUGAAGCUGGAGCCUUCAAACAAGACCAUCCACGCUGAGCUCUCCAAGCUGGUGAAGAAGCACGCGGACCAGAAGAACGUGGAGACGGAGAUGUACAGGAAGAUGCUCGGGAAUCCCAGCGCCGCCGGCACGCCGGGGAAAUGCAAAGACAAACUGCCCUGGUCCAUCCCAUGGAAGUGGCUCUUCGGGGCAACAGCCAUCGCGCUCGGCGGUGUGGCCUUGUCCGUGGUCAUCGCGGCAAGGAACUAAGAAUGGUGACGGGGCGGCCCCGUGGCACAGGACCUGCACCGGAACGUGCCUCUCUCCUGCCAAGGGGCUUCCCUGGGGCUCGCUGACCCCUCCCCACGGACUCGCAGUUGCAGAAACACAGAUGCUUUCUCCGCUGGAGGUGCCGGAUCCCCCUCCCGCUGUCCCCCCAUAUCCCUCCCGGCGCAGAUGUGGUUGCAGCUGCAGGGAUGGAGCCACAGGCAGAGCAGAGACCCCCGAGCACCCUCCCAGCAAUCAGAGGGGCUCAGCCCCCAGCCCCAAGCGUGUCGGGGGGAAGCGGGAGCUCCUGCACACUGGUACACCGUCGCUGUCCCCAGCCUGGUGACCCCCAGCAGGCAUCCUGGUCCUGCCAACACGGUGGGAUGGGCAGGGGGAGGCCCCUGGAAGGAAGGAAGCUGCGUGGGUAGGAAUGGGCAUGGCGGUUUCUACGGCUGGACCCGGCUCUGGGAAGGGAAGCAGUGCAGAUGUACCACAGGGCACAUCCAGCGAGAUUCUCCCGUGUCUUGGGGGGACUGCUGGCGCCUCAGCCCUCCCGCAGGCACCCGCUCCCCUCCUCGGCGCUUCCUGGGAGCGUGCAAUGUCCAAAGAAAGCCAAAGAAACCCGCGGUGGGAGGGUUGUGCUGGAGGCCUCCUCUCCAGGCUGUCUCUUGUAGGUCCAAGCUCUUGGGGUCCCCCUUUGCCCUGCAGCUCUCUCCAGCCCAGGGCCAUCCGUUGCCCCAGUCCCAGCUCUGAUCAUGGCAGGGGGGGUUGUAGCAGUGUCCUCCCGCCCCAAACCGACUGUGAACUUCCCAAAUAAAGGACAAUUCCUUCA